CCUGAUAAUAUACCGCUGGUAGACCGCUAAAUCAUUGAGGUUGAUUUUUUUGUUUUGGCGAACGAAACAUCGUUUUGCAUGGCUAACGCGUGAUUGCGAUUCUGGCCUCGUUAGUAGAAUGAAUGUCAGUGAAAACUAAAACCUGCUGUGGGCACGUGUGCCAUAAUGUCAUCGAAAGAUUCAGCCGAGGAAAGUUUCAGGAUACAUUUUUCUAUCUUAUACGAAAGAGAGUGACCCACCCUAACAAAAUUCAGUUUUAUCACGUGAAAUCACCGAACAAUGGAAAACCAUACCCAGGAUAAUACGAUCAACAUGAACGGAAGUGAGGAUCUGCAAGAAAAGAUAAACAGACUGGAGUCAGAAAAUGUCAAAAUGCGAGAGGAAUUCAAUGUUCAAAGAGCUAAAAUGAAGGAAUUAUUUCUUCAAAAAGAAGAAGAGUUAAAGAGACGAUUACAAGACAAAACAUGUUUAGAAAAGGAAAAUACUAAACUUAAAAAUGAAUUAGACGAAGCAAAAAGCCAAUUGGUUGUUGCAGAUAUAAAAAUUCAAAAUGAUAUACUCAUUGAAAAGAGAAAGGCACAAGAAGAAAUAGCAUCUUUACAAAGGGUUAUACAUGAAACUAUGGAGGAAUCUUCUUGUUCACGCAAACAAUUAGAUACAGAAAUGGCUAAAUUAAAAAUGACUCUUUCCAAGUUACAAGAAGAGAAUACAUUGUUGAAAUCACAGUUACCUCGAGAUCCUCCUAUAGAUGGUCCACAGAUAUCACUUUCCACCGUAACAAAAACAAUAGCUCGUAAAGUAGUUUCCCAAUUAGGUGCAGAUGCUUUAUCUUUAGGCCCUGACAAUCUUGAGGAAAGCAUGAGGAAGGUAAAAAGAUAUGCACAGGAAGAUGCAGAAGUUUUACGCUCACUAGUAGUACCACUCGAAGAAGAAAUUAAAGCCUUAAAAGAAAAAUUAAGGGCGACAGACGAUGAGUUACAAAAAUGUAAAGAAGUACAGUUGCAGAAAAAACAGCAAGAAUCAGGUUCCUCUGAAUUAUCAUGUGAUAUGUGUGCAAAUUAUGAAGCACAAUUAGUUAAAAUGCAAGCAACUGCAAAAGAUUUAGAAAAACAACAGUUAGAUUCUGAACGGAUGUUAUUAGUGCAAAAGGAAGAUUUAGCUAAGGAAGUAGAAUUUCGUAAGGAAAUGGAAGAAAAAUGGAAUGAGAAAAAAGAAGAGCAUAAAAUCAAAGUAGCGGAACUUACUGUUACCUCGCAAACGUUGCAACAAACUUUAACUGAAUUGAAAAGAACUUUUGAACAAGUUCAGAAAAAUGUAAAAGAUGAACUUGUGAAAUUAACGCGUGGACGAGAAGAAGUACAAAGACAUCUCAUCGCACUGCAAAAGGAAAAUGAAAAUCUUGUUGGUAAACAUAGCAAGCAUUCCCAGCAAUUACAGAGUGAAAGUAUCAAUAUGCCAAACAAUGUUGAAGAAUUACAUAUUAGCCUUUUAAAAAUACGGGAAGAUUUAAUCAUCGCCAAGGUUGCUCAAGAAGUUGCGCAAGAAAAAGAAGAGACAUUACGAUAUGAAGUAACCUUGCUCCAUGAACAAAUGGAACAGGAAAGUAGAGUAAAGGAACAAGAAAUAUUGGUAUUAAAAAAUGAAAUUAGUGGAUUAAGAGCACAGUUAGAUAAAUAUGUACGAGACCAUCGAUCUCUUGCCGAAAGGGAGGAGAAACUUGAGCGUUUAGAGAAACAGUUAGAUGUUGUUUUAAAAGAAAAUAAACAAGCUGAAUUAAAGGUGACUGAAUUACGGCAAAGAGUUACAAGUCUUCAACAAGAGUUAGAUACUAGUGAAGCAGUUCAGAAAGACUUCGUUAGAUUAUCGCAAUCGCUGCAGGUACAAUUAGAAAGAAUUAGGCAAGCUGGUAGUGAAGUAAGGUGGCAACAUGAAGAGGACAUAGAAGAAUGUCCUAGCUGUCAUACUACUUUCACAGUUACAAAGAAAAAAGUGCAUUGUCGUCAUUGUGGCCAUAUAUUUUGUCAGUCUUGCCUUUCACAUGUUGUGAAAAGUGGACCGAAACAAAGACCAUCCAGAGUCUGUGAUGUUUGCCAUACUUUAUUGGUACAAGAUACAGCACCUUAUUUUAGCCAAGAACCACCACAUACACCUGAUUAAAUAUUCUUAAAAAAAUCAGUCCAACAAGAUGUGCAAUAUCAAUUUGAAAGAUGUAGAGAUGCUGUUAGUACGAGAAAGGGCUAGAUAACGAUUCCUAUUACCUGACAACUGGAGUGAUAAAAUAAAUAUUGUGUAAAUACAAAUUAUGUACUACUUAAUGUUUAUUGUAAUUUAAAAGAUUAAAG